AUGGCAUUUCCUUGCAGACCCCUAACUCAGCUUCUGGGUUCAAAUGGCCCAGUUCACGCCCUAACUUACUCUUCCUCACCCUCGACCUACAUCCUCACUGGCUCAGCUGAUCGCUCUGUCCGUCUUUAUAACCCCUCACGCCCCUCCUCCGGCCCAAUUGACCCCCUCGCGCCCCCAAAGCCCACCCAACUCAUCCAAACAUACUCCGCUCACGGUUAUGAAGUCCUCUCCAUCACAGUCGCCAGUGACAACGCAACCUUCGCCUCAGCAGGCGGCGAUCGCUCCGUCUUCCUCUGGGAUGUAAGCACUGCGCAGACCAUCCGUCGACUUGGUGGUAAUCAAGGACACACUGCCAGGAUAAAUACUGUUUCUUUUGCUGGCUCGGGAGAUAGUGUGUUGAUCAGUGGGAGUUUCGACGCGAGUGUGAGAAUAUGGGAUCUGAGGAGUCAGAGCUAUAAGCCGAUCAUGGUUCUUGAGGAUGCGAGGGAUUCGAUAAGCUGUGUGCUUGCUGGACGAGGUGGUGGGGCUGGAGGUGUCGAGUAUGAAAUUCUGACAGGGAGUGUGGAUGGGAGGGUGAGGUGCUAUGAUUUGAGGGUUGGGAGAGUGGAGACGGAUGUUAUUGGAGCGAGUGUGACGAGUUUGGAGAGGACGAGAGAUGGAAAGGGGAUUUUGGUAGGUGGGUUAGAUAGUUCGAUACGGCUCAUGGAUCGGGAUAGUGGAGGCUUGUUGAAGAGUUAUAAAGGGCAAGGAUGGAAGAAUGAGGAGUUCAGACUCAGGAGUGGAUUCGGAAAUAGGGACAGAUGGAUCUUGUGCGGCAACGAAGACGUUCAAGGACCGGACGGAGAAGUCGUGGUCUGGGAUACGAUGAGUGGGGAGGUGGUUGAGAAGAUCAAGGUCGAGGGUUCGAAAGUCGAGUCAAAGAAGAAAAUUGGCAUGGAUGGAAAGGAGAAGCAGAAGAGGAACGUGAUCAGUUGUCUUGCAUGGAAGGAGAAUGGGAGGGGUGAUCAAUGGUGCUGUGCUGGAACUGAUGGGAUCGUUACUGUCUUCGGACCUCCUUGA